AUGCGUGAAGCAGAAGGAGGGUGGUCAAGUGGGCUCGUGUUGGGGGCGGGAGAUAGGGAUAAGAAGUGCGAGAGGCCGAGGGAAGGAAAGGAGAAGGAGUAUGAUGCAAGUAAGGACUGCAGAAAUGUGAUUGAGGGUGCAGAGCCGAAAGGCGAGCAAGAGUUUGUUAUUUCGAUUACCUACAGUGCAGAGACGAACGCUGUAUCCACGAUAAGGGUGGAGAAGGCUCUUGUACAUUCGGCGCAUCUCCAGACAUGGGCUCAGGCAUGGAGACCGGAAUCAAAAUGUAAUACCACACCAUCUUCAUGA